CAAACGAAAAGUGACCAAAACAGACAACGAAAUUAGACAAAAUAAAAAAAACAAUUUAAGUAUAUAUGUGCGUGUUCUAAGCUACUCUGUAGUACAAAAAAUGAGGUCAAAAAGAGAGAUUUAAAGUUAUUGAAAAUAAAUUACUAUAAAAUGAAAGAAAGAAGCGAAAAGUACACCGAAGCACUGAAAUAUCAGUUCCUGUGUUGCUAUCCAUUGCACUGCAUUGACUGGGAUGCCUUACCAAAAGAACUGACAUGGGAACAGCAGAAGGAACUUGUAGAAAACACGGCGUUACACCCACUCAAUAAGAAAUAUCCCACCAAAAUAAGUUAUCAACUAAAUUUCCUCAAGCGCUUGUUGCAACAACUGGAAAAACAUUGUGAGGAAGUGCACGAUAUUGUGUAUGAGAGCUACUGUGCGGUGCAACAACGUGUAGCUAAAGACACAACGGAAAAAUAUGCUUACAAACACUAUGUGCAGCCGUCCCUGGACGUCAGCUUUACACUGCGCGAAUCCAAGAGUUUUGUGGCUGAGGGCACAACUGGCUUGUGCAGCUGGCAGGCUUCCAUUGCAUUAGCCGACUAUCUGGUGCAAAAUGCUGAAAUAGUUAGUGGAAAAUGUGUACUAGAAUUGGGUGCUGGCACUGGCUUAUGUGGCAUGAUUGCGCUGCAGUGUUGUGGUGUGAGGCACAUGUUGUUGACCGAUGGCAGUCGUGAAUGUAUAGAGCUUAUGAAAGAGAAUGUGCUGCGAAAUUUCAGCGAAGCCAGCGAAAUUAGUGAUGGUGAAUAUGGCAUCAAAGGAAAGUUUUUGAAUUUGUGUGAAUUGGAAUGGGGUGCUAUCGAUGAAAUGAAAUUGCCAAAUGGGUUUUCGACGGACGUGAUAUUGGCUGCGGACGUAGUAUACGAUGACACGGUAUUUGAUGCUUUAACACACGCUAUAGACAAUGUUUUUAAAAUGAAGCAAGACAGAUGUGAAAUGUUACUCGCUGCAACAGUGCGUAACGAACACACGCUAAACAAAUUUUUGAAUUUGCUUUCUACUUUGGAUUUCCAGUAUGCUGAGAAGGACUUGAUACCAUUAGACAAGUGUAACUUCUAUUGGGAUCGCACAACACUUGUAAAGAUAUUCCAUAUCACACGUAAAAGCUAAUAACUUAGUGGUAGACUAAAAAAGUAGAAGCAUUUAUUAAAAAAAAAACUUUAUUUAAAUGAUAAACUUAAUUAAGUAUAAAUACACAAAUUCAUUUUCUAAAAUAAUUAUUUAAAUUUAUAAAUUAUACAAAUGUACAUAUCUAUAUGCUUGUCUCGCUCAAUAAUGAGCAUGCGCACUAAUAGUCGGGAUCGAGCCAUCGUGCAGACACGUCACAUCCAGCUGCUCAAUCUCGUGCUGUUUGAAUAUUACGCCCAGCAAAUCGUACUGUAUUUCGAAGAGUGUCAUGCAAUAGGUACGCGGCACUUUUACACCCACCACGAGUGCUACAAGUGCGGUGAUUAUAAGAUACACAAAGCCCUGCGCCAUAAUCGUACUCGAGUCGGUUGAGUAGAAAAAUGAGUUUUUCGAAUUCGACACGAAAUAGUAAUACACCAUACCGGUGCUAAUCAAUUUCGCCAAAUAUGACACGAAGAAAAG